AUCUUCUGCAACAAUUUGGCUCUUGUUGAAACUCUCAAGGCCGAACUCAAAGAAUGCUUCGAGAUGAGCGAUCUUGGAGAGGCAUGAUGGAUCCUCAAUAUGGAGAUCAAACGUGACCGCGCGAACUGCACGAUUGAGCUCUCACAAGAGCAAUACAUCGAGCAAAUCCUCGAACGUCACGGAAUGGCCGAUUGCCGCCCGGUCAGCACACCAAUGGCGCAAAAUCAAAAGCUCACCAAGCUCGCCGAACCCGAGAUCGAUGCACAGGAAUAUCAACGUGCACUCGGUUCUCUCAUGUACGCCAUGCUAGGUACUCGCCCCGACAUUGCCUAUUCAGUUGGGAUCCUUAGCCAACAUGCAGCAAAACCAGGGGAAGAGCACUGGGGAGCACUCAUGCGAGUCUAUCGCUACCUCCGUGGGAUGUCUGAUCGCAAAUUAGUCUACCAAGGAGCCAAGGGCGAAAGCAAGUCUUUCCCCGACCCCGUUUGCUUUGUUGAUGCAGAUUGGGCUGCCGACAUCAAUGACCGUCGAUCCAUAUCAGGUUACACAUUCAUUAUGUCUGGCGGAGCUGUCUGCUGGUCCUCCAAGAAACAAAAGUCAACCGCGCUUUCGAGUACCGAAGCCGAAUACAUGGCAGCCUCCAAUGCUACCAAGGAAGCUAUUUGGAUUCGCACCUUCCUCUCGGAACUUGGCCAACUUACCUCUGGACCUACCACUUUAUUCAUCGACAACCAGUCUGCGAUGGCGCUUGCCAAGAAUGCCGCCUUUCAUGACCGUACGAAACACAUUGCGGUUCGACACCACUUCAUCCGCGAGAAGCUUGAGGAUGAUGAAAUUGAUGUUCACUAUGUACCUACUGGUGAUCAGACAGCCGACGUUCUUACCAAAGGUCUCAGCCGGGAGAAGCAUGAGAGGUUUAUUGCAGGGAUGGGAAUGGUUUAAUGUUCAAUUUCAUUGAGUGGGCGUGUUGAAAGUUGAUAUUUAUAUUCACCGAAACCGAACUAUUCCUUCGUUUCUUACUUACCUACCAUAUGGGGAAGCAUGCUUGCUUAGUCACCCAUGGGAUACAAAAUCUUCGCAUUCUCUUCGAUGCACCUCAGUCCGUAGUCUACGACUAUCAACGACUGAGGUGAGACCAUAUUUAUCUACCUUAUUUUAUUCUUAACUGACACACACGUAGCGUAUUUAUUGUCUGCGUAUAGGUUAGCUACUUCAGUCCGUAGUCUACGACUAUCAAUGACUGAGCGUAUUUAUUGUCUGCAUAUAGAACGUGCAUUGACCGCACUACCGUCUCCGCCGGAUACCUCGCAAUAGAGGCAACGACAGAGAAACAGUCGAAAUCUCCCAAAAAACAAAUGAAAGCUACGUAG